AUGAAGCCAGUCUCUUAUAUGAACGAGUGGCUCUGGCCUGCCACCGGCCAGCCUCUGUCCACCAUCAUCGUCGAACCUUCCACCUCCUCGCAGCUCGUCCCAUGGCCGCUUCUCCAGCUGUUUUUAGCUAAAUUCGGCGCCUGGUAUGACCACUUGGCACCCAUCCCUCGUCUCAUUCUUGUCAUCAGCCUCGUCUCCUCAUCCUCAAUUACAGUCUAUAGCUCCGGGGGACGCCUACAUCACCAAGGCACCAUGACGCGAGCUAUACGGUUGCUUGUGCUUUCACUGCUUGGCCUCUUCGGCAUCAUUCUGGCACAACAGUCCGCGCCUAUCGCCACGCGCGACGAAGGAGACGGCGCUCCCGUUAUCCCCAAUAUCAUUGAUCCCAAUGCCGUCAAUGCUCAGUCGGUGUGUCCCGGAUACAAGGCCUCCAACGUGAAGGAGACUGGCACUGGCUUCACGGCAGACCUUGUCUUGGCAGAUGAUGCUUGCAAUGUCUACGGCACUGACAUCGAGGUACUGGAUCUAGUCGUCGAGUACCAGGCCGCAGACCGUUUGCACGUCGAGAUCCUACCAAAGUACAUUGGUCAAGAGAACUACACCUGGUUCGUUCUGCCCGAGAGUCUGAUCCCAAAACCACAGGCCGAGGCAGAGACGGCCCCCUCGAGCGAUCUCGACUUCUCUUGGAGCAAUGAGCCGACCUUUUCCUUCAAUGUAACGAGAAAGAGCACCGGGGAUACACUGUUCACCACCCACGGCUCUCGCAUUGUAUAUGAGGACCAAUUCAUCGAGUUUGGCUCGUCUUUGCCCGAGAACUACAAUCUGUACGGCCUCGGGGAGGUCAUUCAUGGCUUCAGGCUCGGGAACAAUCUGACAAGGACACUCUACGCCGCAGACGUUGGGGACAUCAUCGACGCCAACAUCUAUGGGAGCCAUCCUAUAUACCUCGACACCCGGUAUUUCGAGGUUGACGAAAAUGGUAGUCUGACUUACGCCCCCAACGCUACGGACAAGUCAGCCCACUAUGAAUCCUUCACCCACGGCGUCUUUCAACGCAACGCCCAUGCACAGGAAGUCCUUCUGCGAGAGGCUAACAUCACCUGGAGAGCACUAGGGGGCAGUAUUGACCUCUACUUCUACGAGGGCCCCAGCCAGGACGAGGUCACCAAAUCGUAUCAGACGAGCGCCGUCGGACUUCCGGCAAUGCAGCAGUACUGGACCUUUGGCUUCCACCAAUGUCGAUGGGGCUACAAGAACUGGUCAGAGGUGAAGGAUGUCGUUGAUAGCUUUGCCAAACAUGAGAUCCCCCUCGAAACCAUCUGGAAUGACAUUGACUACAUGAAAGCGUACCGGGACUUCGAAAAUGAUCCGAUCAAUUAUCCAUACAGUGAGGGAGUCGACUUCUUGGAACGACUGCAUCAAAACAACCAGCAUUAUGUGCCAAUCAUCGACUCGGGCAUAUACGCACCAGACCCCAAGAACGCCAGCGAUGCGUAUCCUUCUUUCGAUCGGGGUGUCGAGCAAGAAGCCUUUAUGCUCAAUCCCGAUGGAUCGCUGUACAUUGGAGAAGUCUGGCCUGGUCUCAGUGUCUUUGGUGAUUGGAUCGGGGCCUUAUUCAAUGGCACUGGUGCCAACAGAUGGUGGAUCUCUGAGGUGGCCCGAUACCACAGCAAGAUCGCUUUCGACGGCAUUUGGAUCGACAUGUCGGAAGUCUCGUCAUUCUGUGUGGGCAGCUGUGGGAGCAGCAACAGAAGCUACGGAUCCGUCGACGCGACGCCAGGAGCACCCUCUACCUCUACACACAAUCGCAACAUCAACUACCCUCCUUACACUAUCAAUAACUUCAAGGGCGACCUCGCGGAUCAUACAGUGAGUCCAAACGGAACGCAUCACGGCGGGACACUCGAGUACGACUUCCACAACGUCUGGGGCCACCAGCUGCUGAAUGCGACAUAUCACGCUCUCCUCGACAUCUUCCCAAAGAAACGACCUUUUAUCAUCGGGCGGUCUCAAUUUGCGGGCUCCGGAAACGUAGCUGGCCACUGGGGCUGCCUCGGGACUGACAAAGGCGGCAGCGGUGACAAUUAUUCGUAUUGGGCUUACUUAUAUUUCUCCAUUCCUCAGGCCUUGUCGUUUUCUCUCUUUGGCAUCCCCAUGUUCGGUGUUGACACGUGCGGGUUUGCUGACAGCGUGAAUGAAGAGCUGUGCAACCGCUGGAUGCAGCUCUCUGCGUUCUUCCCCUUCUACAGGAACCACAACGAGAUCAAUGCCAUAGGCCAGGAACCGUACCUGUGGUCGUCCGUUGCAGAAGCCAGUCGGGUCGCCAUGAGAAUCCGUUAUGCCCUACUCCCGUACAUCUAUACGACCUUCUACUUGAGCCACUCGACAGGCUCGACCACUAUGCGGGCUCUGAUGUGGGAGUUUCCGAAUGAACCGUGGCUCGCCAACGCUGAUAGGCAGUUCCUUCUGGGCCCUGCGAUCAUGGUUACUCCUUGCCUGGUGGAGGGUGCUACCACUGUCGAUGGAGUUUUCCCUGGGGUGGGCUCGGGGAAUGUCUGGUACGACUGGUAUAACCUUAGUGCCAUCACUGGUGUUAGUCAGGCACAGAACGUGACCAUCGAUGCACCAUUGGGUCAUAUCCCAUUAUACGUGCGAGGCGGCCAUGUUUUGCCGAUGCACGAACCGGCAAUGACCACCACAACAGUCAGAGCCAGCCCGUGGUCCUUGCUCGUUGCUCUUGACCGAAAGGGUGAGGCGGCCGGCGGGCUCUACCUUGACGACGGAGAGAGUCUUGUCCCGGACGCCACUACCUGGGUUGACCUCUCGGCUUCCGCGUCGUCACUAACAGCGAAGCCUACGGGUGAUUUUGUGGAUGCAAACGCACUUGGAAACGUGACGAUCCUGGGAGUUCAGGGAACUGUCUCGAAGGUUGAGCUGAGCGGGAUAGAGGUGAAUCCUGACAACUGGAACCUCGAUGCCUCAAAGAUGGUCCUGCAGCUCACGGGACUUGAUGCCCUGACGAGCGAUGGUGCGUGGAGUGCAGAAUGGACAUUGAGCUGGUCAUGA